AUGCCUGAGGCACUCCACUUUCGGAUCGUGGUUUUGGGCUCGGCCAAGGUGGGGAAGACGGCGCUGAUCAAGCGCUUCCUACACAAUGAAUUCCUCGAGAGAUAUCGAGAGACGGUGGAGGAUCUGCAUAGCAAGGAGUUCGUGGUUAAAGUGAGUUUCUCGUUUCAUUGUGUCGAAAAGUGCAAAAGCUUUGAGUUUUCUUUCCAAGUUUUUGAUGGAGAAUUAAAUAUAUAUAAAUUUUUCGAAACGUCCUUCACAAUUUUCUACAAAAAGAAUUUUUUCCGCAAAAAAUUCGCGGCCUAAUUGCCAAAAGAAUUCUCUGCCUGUCCUCCUCAUUUUUCUUAGUCUCUCGUCUGCAAAAAUCUUUUUCAGGGGAUUCCUGUCGUUCUGGACAUCCUUGACACAAAUUUCAACUUCCCUGACAUGCGAAGGGUUGCCAUCGGGUCAGCCAACGCUUUUAUCAUCGCUUUCGCGGUGGAUGAAGUACAAAGUUUCAAAGAAAUGAGCGAUUUAUGGCAAGAGAUUGCGGAGAAACGCGCCAAUUUCAGGGAAAUCCCCUCUGUAAUCGUCGGAAACAAGGGCGAUCUGGAGAACAAAAAGGUGAAUUUCUCGUCUUUUUUUACACCUUUUGAAAUGAAAUAUAAAUCCGUAAAUGCAAUGGUCAAUAUUUUAGAUAUACGAGGCCACCGCGAAUGCCUGGACGUCAAGGCUGAACGCCAAUGUCCGCUAUGUGGAGACGUCAGCCAAAACCGGGUCAAAUGUGAAGAAAAUCUUUGAGUAUUUGCUGGAAUUAAGUGGAUUUCCGGAUGGGUACGACAUCCCCGAGAUUCCAGUCAAACAGCCCCAUUCGAGGACCAAUUCACAAAAGGAUAAAUUGAAGAAAAUCAAAGAAAAUCCGAACUCCAUUGAGAAGGAGGUGAGGGAAAUUAGUGCUGCAUUUGUACUUUUAACGGGCCGUAGAAUUAGAAAAAAUAUAAUUUUUAUGCGGAUUCGUUCUAAAAAACCUAUUUUACGUCUUCCAUUACCGUUUAUUUCCAGGAAGAGGACGAAUUAUGCGAGCAAAUUUCGAGUGGUCUUACCUUACCUUUUGAUCGUAUUGGAGUCCUCCGACGAAAUCAUUCAGUUCGAGUAAGCAUUUGGCAGAUUUAGGCUGGCUUUACCGCCGUCAAUGUUACUUUCUAUUAUUAUUUAUUUAUAUCUACUAACCAAUCGUUUUUUGUUCGAACACUUUGUUGGAGUUGUUGUCUUUGUUGUUGCUGUUAUGUUGAUGUUGUUGUGAGAAAGGUCGCAGAUAAAGCCGUUGAUGGUCUGUGAAGUGCAGGCACUGGGAAUAUCAUGGGUUUCCUUCUAGGAUUACUGAACUUUUUUGCCUUUUAUUGCUAAUGUUAUUCGGCAUUCACAGACAUAACAAGAUUUAUGCUUUAGAAAAAUGGGUUGGAGACUUUGCCGACUUUUUUUUAUUUAGGAAAUGUUAUUUAAGAGCAAACUCUAAAGUUCUUAUAUGCCUUAGAAAACACUUGACUAAUUUUGUACAAAAUUUUUGUUUAAGCUAAAGUUGUUAGAAAGGACAUUUUAAUAAGAGUAAACUAAAAAAUAUCCUUCUCCAAAUAGCUGUGUUCUAUCCGGUCGUUUCCGUUUUCCCAUACUAACCCAUGUCCUAACCGUUUUGUGUCUGACUUUAGGUUUUCCAGUUAAAUCGCAAGGUCCCUCAAGAGCCCCAAGUCCACGAUGACAAUUCCAUCCUCCGGCAUAAGGGAAGUCUGAUCAGAAGGACCAAGCAUAUGUCGCUGAAAUUACACAAGAGCGAUACCAGUAAGGUUGUUCAGAAUCCGCCGAAGCAAAACGAAAACGAUCUCUCCGAAUGCAGAGUCAGCUAA